UGCACCAAACGCGUGUUUAGAGUCUUUCAUAUUCUCGUUUCAAACAAUAAACUAUGCUCCUUUAUGAACCUGAAAAGUCAUGCGUUAUAUCGCUGUCAUCUUUUGCUUUCUGUAUGACUGGGGAAGCUUUACUGAGAUCCCCUCAAUGAGUCAUGUUAAACGGUAUGAUGUGGUGAGACUGCAGCGACUUCAUGAGAACAGUGUCAAUGAACAGGUCACUAAAUUACUCAAGGCUUUCGGUGGAAUUGGGGUUCGGAGAUUUUUGAAUUUGGAAUCGAACAAACAUGAAAAGUAUCCUGAGAAACUUCUGUAUGAGCUGUUCUUUAAUGGAAAUAACCAUACAGUUCACUUGCAAAAGAAUAGACUUCUCAUUGGACAUAACUACACCGAAAUACAUUAUGAAGCAGAUGGUUCAACUCGGAUGACAUCUCCAAAGCUUGAGGACCACUGUUAUUAUCAUGGACAUAUAGACGGAAUGGAGGAUUCGUCAGUAAGUGUUGGAAUCUGCUCUGGCAUGAGAGGUUUUGUGAGGGCUGAAAAGCACAUGAUGUACCUGAUCGAGCCUCUGAGUGACAGCAUUGACGGAGACCACGCCUUCUACAAGCAGGAAUACCUGCGGAGGAAGAGGAGUGCUAAUGGAGACUCUGGUGUAGCUAUUUAUGACCCGGAGCGCACAGUGGCAGCCCUCUUCAAACGCAGCAGCUGGAAGGGCAGAACGGCAUUUCAGACCCAGAGAUACGUCGAGCUGUUUCUAGUGGUUGACAAUACCGAAUACAGAAGAUUUAGGUCAAAUGAUGAGAGAGUACGGGCAAGGAUGUUGGAAGCUAUAAAUCAUGUUGAUAAGUUCUAUCGUCCGCACAAUAUCCGUGUGCUGCUGGUGGGUCUGGAGGUGUGGAAUGUGGAGGAUCAGAUCGUGGUUAGUGCGAGUGAUAAUAUCACUCUCACCAGAUUUAUAGAAUGGCGCGAGAAGGACCUGCUCAGCAGAGUCAAGCACGAUAACGCACAAUUAGUAACUGGAGCAGAUUUUUUGGGGAGCACAGUGGGGUUGGCGAACAAAUUUGCAAUGUGCACUAAAGCCUCUGGAGGUGUUAAUCAGGAUCAUAGCACGAGUCCAUUGGGCUUGGCUGCAACCAUUGCACAUGAGAUGGGACACAACAUGGGUAUGUCCCAUGAUGUACAGGGCUGCACUUGUGGCCUUUCUGACUGCAUCAUGACUGAAGUUGUAAACUCAGCUGCCGCAGUGUUCCCGGAGCUGUUCAGCGAUUGCAGUCUGGAAGAUCUCCGAAUAUUUUUGGAGAAUGCUAACCCUGGGUGCCUACUGGACCGCCCCAGCUCAGACAGGCUUUAUGGUGGACCCGUCUGCGGUAACGCUCUCCUCGACCCUGGGGAGGACUGUGAUUGCGGGACAGUAGACGAGUGUAACAGCCCAUGCUGCAAUGCCAAAACCUGCAAGUUCACAAACGGAUCUCGGUGUGCGCAUGGAGAGUGCUGUGAAAACUGCCAGAUAAAACAAGCUGGCAGUCUUUGUCGUGCCGUAGUGAAUGAGUGCGAUCUGGAAGAAUACUGCACAGGAAUGUCAGAAAAGUGUCCGGAGGACAGCUUUAAAAUGAAUGGGAUACUUUGCAGUUAUGGAGACAGUUACUGCUAUAAUGGUCAAUGUCCGACUCAUCUCCAACACUGCAAGAGACUGUGGGGAAAAGAUGCCAAAGUGGGUUCGAGUGUGUGCUUUUUCAGGAAUACAUUCGGGAAAAAUGAUUCCCAUUGUGGAAGGAGCAAAUAUGGCUACAGGAGGUGUGCAAAACAAGACAUCUACUGUGGAAGUAUAUUUUGCACUGGGGGUAACAAGUUUCCCAUUACCGGUCUAAAAGCUCAGUUGUUGACGAAUACUGGAGAAAUAUGCAACAUUGUCGGGGAGCGAUCGGAGGAAGAGAACCUAAGCAUGGUACCUACGGGAACAAAGUGUGGCCCGAACAAAGUCUGCUUCGACAACAUGUGCCAGGAUGUGAAAGUGUACGACGUGAGCGUAGACUGCUCAGGGAAAUGUCACGGACAUGGGGUUUGUGAUCAUCAAAAACGAUGUCAGUGUGAACCUGGAUGGGCUCCGCCAUACUGCGAUGUGAAAUACGCAGAUGUGCCUGCUGCAAAAAACACGACAAUCCUCAUCGUCUCAGUUGCAGCUGGAGUUCUGUUGGUUUUGGCAGCAGGAUUUGGGAGUUGGAUUUACUGUAAAAAGAGAAAGGAUACUGGCUCGAGGCGAAAACGAAAAGCUGACCCAGAGUUCGUAAAAAAUCGCCCCAACAUCGGCGAGCCUACAUUAAUAAGUUCGACCGCCACCAAGCCUAACUUCUCACACACAUGCACCCCGACAAGGACGGCCCCCCAGCCCCCGCUUAAGAACAUGGCCCAACAGCCACCUUAUACAGCUCCAUCCAUUUCUUUACCCAUUGAGAUGAAGCCACUACCUCCCUCUAAGCCUCCACGUCCUGCUGGCGCCAAACAGGUGAACAGACCUCCUUGUCCUCCUUUGGCUCUAGAAAACAGCAAGAGACUGAAAGAGAGGAAGUGAAAAUUACCCAGAGGCCUCUGACUUCUCGAAGGAAAUGACUAUGAAUCAUAAAGAAUCAUCAUGCAGAUUGAUAAUGGAUUUUUUUGUCUGCUUUUUUCAGGUAUAUUUUGUGACUAAUAACACCGCAGUGGUGACACAUCAGUGUGCAGUCAUGUCCUUUUUUGUGCUUGUUCUCUAAUGCAGAGAGGAACAUUAAGUUGAAUUAUGCUGGACGUAGGUUUUACUUAACUGAACUUGAAAAUGUAUGUAUAUUACAAAUAUGCUUUUUAAUGUAUAAUACUAUUACAUCCAUCAUUUAUUUAAUGCAAAUCCUGCCUUUAAAGACCCAAACAAAAUUUUAAGUAUAAUAAAUGUGUGUGUGUGUGUGUGUGUGUGUUUAUAUAUAUAUAUAUA